CGGCCGCCGGCUGACGUGGCGGGGCCGGGACCUGCUGGCUUGCACGGCGGGUGCGGAAACGCCACGGAAAGCGUGCGGGCGCGGGUAGACAUCAUGCCGCUCGAGCUGGAGCUGUGCCCCGGGCGCUGGGUGGGUGGGCAGCACCCGUGCUUCAUCAUCGCGGAGAUCGGCCAGAACCACCAGGGCGACCUGGACGUGGCCAAACGCAUGAUCCGCACGGCCAAGGAGUGCGGAGCUGACUGCGCUAAGUUUCAGAAGAGUGAGUUGGAGUUCAAGUUUAACCGGAAGGCCCUGGAGAGACCGUAUACUUCGAAGCAUUCGUGGGGGUCGACAUAUGGGGAGCAUAAACGGCACCUAGAAUUCAGCCACGCCCAGUACAAGGAGCUGCAGCGCUACGCGCAGGAGAUUGGCAUCUUCUUCACUGCCUCUGGCAUGGACGAGAUGGCGGUUGAGUUUCUGCAUGAACUGAAUGUUCCGUUUUUCAAAGUUGGAUCUGGCGACACUAACAAUUUUCCUUAUCUGGAGAAGACAGCCAAGAAAGGUCGUCCUAUGGUGAUCUCCAGUGGGAUGCAGUCGAUGGACACCAUGAAGCAGGUCUAUCGGCUCGUGAAACCCCUCAACCCCAACUUCUGCUUCCUGCAGUGCACCAGUGCCUACCCGCUGCAGCCGGAGGAUGCCAACCUGCGCGUCAUCUCGGAAUACCAGAAACUCUUUCCCGACAUUCCCGUCGGGUAUUCUGGACACGAGACAGGCAUCGCCAUAUCUGUGGCUGCCGUGGCUCUGGGGGCCAAGGUGUUGGAACGUCACAUAACUCUGGACAAAACUUGGAAGGGGAGUGACCACUCAGCCUCGCUGGAGCCCGGAGAACUGGCAGAGCUGGUGCGCUCUGUGCGCCUGGUGGAGCGGGCACUGGGCUCUCCAGCCAAGCAGCUGCUGCCCUGCGAGAUGGCCUGUAAUGAGAAGCUGGGCAAGUCUGUGGUGGCCAAAGUGAGAAUCCCAGAAGGCACCAUCCUGACCCUGGACAUGCUCACUGUGAAGGUGGGGGAGCCCAAAGGCUAUCCUCCUGAAGACAUCUUCAACCUAGUGGGCAAGAAGGUGCUGGUCACUGUUGAAGAGGAUGAUACAAUCAUGGAAGACUCUGUGGAAAGUCACAGCAAGAAAAUCAAGUCUUAAAUAAAGUGUCCGUGUCUGUG